UUAAACCGAGAAUACAAAACCAAAUAACAUGCCAACUUUGAUAAGAAAUUCAGAUUGAUCACCCAACAAACCUCAACAAUGCUUACAUGGUUUUUUCGAAAUGGCGUUUGAUUUUAAGGGUAAAACCGCCUUGGUCACGGGUGUUACAAAAGGGAUUGGUAGACAAAUUGCAAUCGAACUUUCUAAAAGCAACGCACGAGUUAUUGGUGUUGGUAGAACCAAAGAACUACUCGCCGAAUUGACAACUCAACAUCCGUCGAUCAAAACAAUUGCAUUAGAUAUAUCGGAUUGGAAAAAAACUGGCGAGGUGUUGAGCAAUAUCGGUCCAAUUGAUAUGCUGGUCAACAAUGCUGCGAUGGGUUGGGUAAAAUCAUUAAUGGACGUCACCGAAGAUGACUUUGACAGCGUCUUCAGUAUUAACUCCAAAGCUCUCAUCAACGUCACGCAAAUCGUCAUCACGAAUCUCCUAGCUAGGAACGCGCCGGGCGCUAUAGUGAAUCUGUCUUCCCAGGCAUCUUUGGUAGGUCUGAUGAACCACACGGUAUACUGCAGUAGCAAAGGGGCCGUAGACGCUUUCACAAGAGCUGUAGCAUUGGAAUAUGGUCCGCGUAACAUUCGCGCAAACUCCGUAAAUCCAACUGUGAUAAUGACCGAGAUGGGAAGACUCGGAUGGUCUGACCCGAAAAUAAAAGAACCCAUGCUUCAAAAGAUUCCACUACGAAGGUUUGGUGAAAUUGACGAUGUAGUGGGAGCGGUAUUGUUUUUAUUAAGCGAUAAAGCGGAGUUGAUAACCGGAGUAGCUUUACCGAUCGAUGGAGGAUAUGUUUGUGCAUAAAGUAAAAUACUUUGGCAUAAAACCAAUAAAUAAUAGUAU